UGCUUUGGAUUUUGUUCUCUGAGAAUUGCAUUUUGCAAAACUCAAAAUCGCAGUGAAUUGGGUGUUGGAAGUGCAUAGCGGACUGUUUCUGAAAUCCCAAUUGAUUAUGCGGAAAGUGUUUCCUUCUCCGUCGUCUUCUUCUCCGUCGUCUUCAACACCUGCAGCGACGGUGGAGGCGCCUGAUGAGCAGCGGAGGCGAGAUGAGCCGGCGCCGAGAGGGAGAGGAAUGACGUACAAGACGAAGGUUAUUCAGUUCCUGGGCCGGACCACUCCUAUCGUCCUCCAGAACACCAAUGGCCCCUGCCCUCUGCUUGCUAUCUGCAAUAUAUUGUUGUUGAAGAAUUGUUUGCAGUUGAAUCCUGAUGUCCCUGAGGUGUCACAAGAAAAACUCCUUUCACUUGUUGCAGAGAGGCUGAUUGAUUCAAUCACUAAUGUCAAUGAUGAAGACACAGGAUAUGUUAACAAUCCACAACAAAACAUCUCUGAUGCAAUUGACUUGCUUCCUAGACUUACAACUGGAAUUGAUGUAAAUAUAAAAUUUGAAAGAAUUGGUGACUUUGAGUUUACUCGGGAAUGUGCCAUUUUUAAUAUGUUGGAUAUUCCUCUCUAUCAUGGUUGGAUAGUUGAUCCGAAGGAUCAUGAUACUGCAAAAGCAAUUGGAUCAAAGACAUAUAAUACUCUGAUGGGGGAGCUUGUAGCUCUUGAAACACGAGAUAUGGGGAGUGAACAUAAGAAAAAUGCUGAAGAUGAUGGUGUUGAUUGUGUUGCUGCAACAACUGCAGCACUGGGGGUGCCUGAUUCUUCUGUUUCCAUCUCUGACAAACACAAGGCAGGAAAAGGAGACCUUGAAGAAGAAGAAGAUUUGCGAAGAGCUUUGGCACUGUCUAUGGGUGAAGGGCCAAUUUCUUCAGUAGAUGAUUUACUUACUAAUGUACAAAAUUCACCAAAUGUGGUUGCGAAUAUCAAAGAUCAUGAACGACUAGUUUCUGACAAAGCAUCAGAAAUAAAUGUUGCCAAAGACUCUUCCCAGCCUGAAGCACCAAUUUCCAAUGUAGUCACAGUAUCUGAUGAUUUCGUUCUUAACCCAAAUAGCUGUGAAUCAGAGUCAGCAGGAGUAGCUGCUAGUUCCUCUCCAAGGAUUGGUCAUGAUCCGUCCAAAGAUACCCAAGAGCCAAAUUUGCUGGUUGAGAACAUUGACCAAUCUGAAGACAUUCCCUCAUCUGCAGGUGGAAGUCAUGUGCGUAUAGUUGGGGACAAUAUAGAUAUUAAAGAUUCUGAUUUGUCUAGUGGAAGAAGACAAGACUCGGAUGAUCCUGAAACUUUUACUUCUAGUGGUGACAGUAGACAUGUUCACAAUGAAAGUCCCAAGGAUGGAAUCUCUGCAAGAGAGGGGGAAUUGAUCAGGAACUUCUUUAAGGAUAGUGCUAGUCAAUUGACAAUCUAUGGAUUGUUUUGCUUGCAAGCUGGUCUGAAAGAGCGUGAGCUUUGUGUUUUCUUUCGGAACAAUCAUUUUAACACCAUGUUUAAGUUUGAAAGCGAGUUGUAUAUUUUAGCCACGGACCAAGGGUUCUUAAACGAGCCUAAUAUGGUGUGGGAAAAGCUGAAUGGGGUGACUGGGGACACAAAUUUUGUGACAAGUAACUUUAAGGAGUUCAAUAAUCCUGGGGAUGAAUAUACUGCCGACUUUAAGGACUUCACUAUUCCAUGGGAUGAUGAUACUGACGAGGCUUCUAGUGCCGACUUUCUAGAGAGCUUAGGAAAUGCAGUGAGGCAUAAAUAUUUCGAUCCUGAUAUGCAAUUGGAAAUAUCACUUCAGCAGCAGGAUUCAAAUCGUAAUCAGGCCCAACCCACUGGUGAUGAUGUGCCAAGGUUGAAAAUAAUUGGUCCUCGGCGACAGGUAUCAAGGCACAAUAGCAACCGAUCGACUUCCUCUUCCAAGAAGGAAUCAAAGCCAGCAAAAGAAAAGUGUACUGUGAUGUAAAUCCAACCUCGGUAAAACCCAGUUUCCACAUAGCUGUAUAGUUACUUGCAAAGUCAAAUAUCCCUCCCUGUUGAUAGUUGAAGGUGGUCCAUACAUAUCCCUGUUGUGUAUAAAGAAUUCUUUCUCUUCUGGACAGAUAGAGAUAUUAUAAAUUCUUCAUUCUCAGGAGUGUUUAGGCAGCAGAGAGUUGCAAAAAUAUUAAACUCUCUUGCUUUCUUUUUUGCAAUACUGUAUAUUCUUUCUCUAAUACAACUCUUUUUUCUUUUGUAUGUACAAGUACAACUGGUAAUAAAA